UGGGCGUCCAGGCAGCCGCUUGGGCGAUGGGGCGGGGUCGGCCUGGGCCACCUCCCUCAUUCUCCCUGCGGGCCAAGCCGCCCCUCUCUCCCGCCCCUCCUCCUCCCUUUCCCACCCCUCGGAGUGGAGCUGCACAUGCGGCAGCUCCCUGCUCCGUUCCGCCCAGCCUCCGUUGCUCUGGAACGGGUCCCUGCAGCCCCCAGCCGAUGGCAGGGCAGUAGCCGCCUGUCAGGGGUCCUGAACGGCUGAGGCAGACGCGGCGGCUCCAGGGCCUCAGAGAGUGGGUGUCUCCGGAGGCCAUGGGCUACCCCGAGGUAGAGCGCAGGGAACCUCUGCCCACGGCAGCGCCGCGGGAGCGGGGGAGUCAGGGCUGCGGCUGUCGCGGGGCCCCUGCCCGGGCGGCCGAAGGGAACAGCUGCCGGCUCUUCCUGGGUUUCUUUGGCCUCUCUCUGGCCCUCCACCUGCUGACGUUGUGCUGCUACCUAGAGUUGCGCUCCGAGUUGCGGCGGGAACGGGGAGCCGAGUCCCGCCUUGGCCCCAGCACCCCUGGCACCUCUGGCACCCUGAGCAGCCCCGGUGGCCUCGACCCUGACGGUCCCAUCACCCGCCACAUCAGGCAGCCAUCACCUCAGCAGCAGCCGCUGGAACCAGGAGAAACCACACUCCCCCCACUCUCCCAGGACGCGCACCAGAUGGCCCUUCUGAAUUUCUUCUUCCCUGAAGAAAAAUCAUACUCUGAAGAGGAAAGUAAGCAUGUUCGCCGCAAUAAAAGAAGCAAAAGCAAUGAAGGUGCGGAUGGUCCAGUUAAAAACAAGAAAAAGGGAAAAAAGGCAGGACCUCCUGGGCCCAACGGCCCUCCCGGACCUCCAGGACCUCCAGGACCCCAGGGACCCCCAGGGAUUCCAGGAAUUCCUGGAAUCCCAGGAACAACUGUGAUGGGACCACCUGGCCCUCCAGGUCCCCCUGGUCCUCAGGGACCCCCUGGCCUACAGGGACCUUCUGGUGCUGCUGAUAAAGCUGGACCUCGAGAAAACCAGCCGGCUGUGGUGCAUCUACAGGGCCAAGGGUCAGCAAUUCAAGUCAAGAAUGAUCUUUCAGGUGGAGUGCUCAAUGACUGGUCUCGCAUCACCAUGAACCCCAAGGUGUUUAAGCUACAUCCCCGCAGCGGGGAGCUGGAGGUACUGGUGGACGGCACCUACUUCAUCUAUAGUCAGGUAGAAGUCUAUUACAUCAACUUCACCGACUUUGCCAGCUAUGAGGUGGUGGUUGACGAGAAGCCCUUCCUGCAGUGUACCCGCAGCAUCGAGACGGGCAAGACCAACUACAACACCUGUUACACCGCGGGGGUCUGCCUCCUCAAAGCCCGGCAGAAGAUUGCCGUGAAGAUGGUGCAUGCCGACAUCUCUAUCAAUAUGAGCAAGCACACCACCUUCUUUGGGGCCAUCAGGCUGGGCGAAGCCCCUGCAUCCUAGAUCCCCCCACCCCACCCAUUUCUGCCCCUGCCGGUGCCCCUGCCCCAGGGUUGGGAGCCAGGACUCCCAGAGCCUCUCAGUGCUGCUGUGGAGUGAGGUGUUAUGGGUGUCACAGCCACAGAGAUCAAUACCCCAGGGCUAUUUAUUCCCGGGUGACUCCAGGAUGAUGAGGCCCGCUUGACUUUCCAGAAUGAACUUGAGUUCACAGGAUGGUUGAUGGAGCGCCAGGGUUUGCAGGAAGCAGGACCUUCUUCCUUGGCUCCGUCGACCGGCUUACGGCUCAACUCUUCAACUUCAACUUCAAGGUCCCUGUUUCUUGCACUAAAGUGGGGUUCCGGGGCAGCAGGCAAGAGAAAGCAAAGGUGGACUCCAGACCAUGGGGUCAAGCCUCUGACCCUAAGGGGCUGCCCGUUCCUCUCUUGGGUAGGGCUGGGGGCAAGGGUGGGGCAGGAGGGGAGUGGUGAAGCCUAAGCCAAGGGGCGGGGAGGGGAAAGGCGAGCGCUGGUGGCAUCCUCGGCAGUGGAAGGCUUCUUGGCGCUCUAUGCUGCAGCCUGCCAGAGGGCCUGGGGGGCUCUUCCCACUCAAGCUGAGAGCCACCUCAUGGCAGCUUGCUGGGCUUUGGGGGACAGGAGGUUUGCUCUUCUCGGAGCAGUGGCAGGGAAUGGCCACCACCCUGCCUGCACAAGAAGCUGAAGGCACGCUUGGGGCCACGUGUCUCUCACUUUGUUUACAGCCGUGUUCUACGCUCAGAAAAAUCUCUGGGUCCCCUUCCAGUUGCCCCCUUUCCCAGCCUGACCAGAACUCUUGUCUUCUUUCUCCACAGAGCCUACCUCUGUCUAAGACAGGUGCCUACCCUGGGACCUGUGCUUAUGUGAGUCUGGGAUACUCUUUCGAUGACCUGGGCACAAAGAGACUUUUCUGUUUAUUAAGCAACACAAAUAUUCAUCUAGUCUAGUUGUGUCUGAGGGCAAAGGGUUGGACUGGAUGACCUCCAGGAGUCCCUUCAAAUUCGAAUCUUUAGACAGCUUCCACGAGAGCCUACGAAAAUUCCCAAACCCUAGCCUGCCCCCUGGGCAUCAGCAAGGCAGAACUUUCCUGCCUGACCCCAAAAGGGCAAGAAGUGGGAUAGGACGAUGGGGGUUUCUUCCUCAAGUUUGCUGUGACCCAAGAGGUCAUGAGCCUAGGCCCUACCCAAAAGGACAGCAGCUGAUGCCCUGUGACCCACCUUUCUUCACUCUGGCUUCAGAAAGCCACAGCAGAAUCACCAGAGAUUCCAGUGCUGAUCGCCUGAAUCCAGGCUCCAGAGAAGCCGGCAUCGGGGAAGGCUCUGCCCUAUAGCCAGGUCCAAACACACCUUACCCACCCACCCCCUACCCCAAGUUACCCACUGGAUCAUACAGUGGGACCAUUCAAGGGCCUUAUCUCUCACUACCGGGGGCCAGCCUGGUUUCUGGAUGCGAGGUCUAGCCCAAAGCUGGGGAGGGCCACUGUUGUACAGUCUGUUACUUUCGCUCCGAAACAAGUUUCAUUUGUAGGAAAUGGGAUAAGUCCCUUCGGGCAGCUGAAAUCUACCAAGAGCAGGUACUCAUUUCUCCACUGUACCUCCCCUUUCCAAACAACGGUAAUGCUCAGCCUUCGGCAGGUCCGGGCCAGAGGUGGUAGGUUAUCCUGCCAUUGUCUGGUUACUAAUGACAGCCUUGCCACCCCAGGUGGGGUGAACUUGAGGCAUGCAUCUGGCCCAGGCUCCUGAAAAGUGCCUUAGACAGUCCUCAGUUGUAGCAGGAACUGAAGGGAACCUCUCCUUAAAGUGUGGAAAGUACUUUCUCUCUCAUUAUCUCCUUUGAGGAUACUAUGAAUCCCAUUGUGUAUAAAAGGCUCCGAGAGGUGAAGUGCUUUGACCAGGAUCCCAACAGGUUUAAGCCACAGACCUGGGGCUUCAGCCAGGUCUGCCUCCAAAGCUAUUUCAUUAUGCUGCAGCAUUGUGUUGAAUGUGUGGUCUAGAGAGAACCAAUAAAAAUGGGAAUAAGGACCCCAAAUCCUUCAACGUCACAGAGAGGAACCCAGACACGCUCAAUUUCAUUCCUUGAUGGUAAUUCCCUGAUGUUCUUUUGGCUGCCGGGGGCUUUGUGGCAAAAAGAGUAGGACAUUUCUUUGGGAAACAGCCAUCAGCCUUAGGGCUCUUGUGGUCAGAAUCGUCUUGGCACCAUGUCUGAGCAGAAGGCCUCCAGGACCCACAGAACUGCACCCCUUAUGCUCCUCCACCCACCCAUUAUGUACAGAGCCCCUGCCGUGGCCAAUGGCCUCCACUGGUUACCCUCCAGAUGGGUCACAGGAGCUGGUCCACCUCCCACAACUACUAAGUGACUCCUUGGCUCUUUCUACCAUCUCACAGAGAGCUUUGUUCUACCAGGAUGUCUCCUGAUGGAGGAAAAGCCCGAGAGAGGCCUGGCUCUCAAGCCAGAUGUGUGUAAGGAGAGGGGAGGAGGUUUCCUAAUUGUACCCCUAAAGGACAUUCGGACACCCAUCCUGAGGUCCAGAUAUGGAGGGGAUUGUAGGGGGGAUGGGCUUCGCACAGAACCCUGCACUCAAUGUGAACCCUCCAAAGGAAUAGAGGAAGGAGGCGAGGAACGAAACAAUAGACGGCUGGGGAGCCCUGCUGCACUGGAGUCAUUGACAAUGUGGUGAAGCAAUUUACUAGUGAGAGGAUGUGGGAAUAGAUUUACAGUCUGGAAGGGCGCUGACGUGAGUUCACCAGAGGGCUGGGGCUAGCAUGGAGAAGGGAUGAGGAUAUUUGUGAGCAAGCAGAUGGCAGAGGUUUGAAGAAUUGCAUGACAGGGGCCUUUGCUAGCUGCUUGAGUUUCAACAGCCAAGGCCAGCACCAAAGGCAGCUCAGCUCCUGGUUCCUUGGGAAAUGUCGUCUUUGCCUUCUGUCCCCCCUCAUCCAUCCUGAGCCAAAUUCCUUUUGCUGAAGCAGGAAAGGGCUAGGAACCCUGGAGGCAAGCAGAGACUUGGAUCCCCGUGCAAGUACGUGUGUUUUAUGUAACUUCCGGUGGGUGCAACUAGAUUCAGAGACAUUUAAAGCGAGACCCGGAGGCCCAGAGAUGGAAGGUGACCUGGCCAAGGUGAAUGAGCCCUGACCUGCAGACUCAAAGGAGUGACGGGGUGGAGCAGUCUCUAUCCCACUCGGACCCCUCCUUUCUUCUACCCCCAGACUCAAGGCCGAAAGUGCUUGGCCCCCUUCAGGAGCCUGGCCAGGCAGGAGAAAGAGUAGCCGCAGCCACCAUCAGAACACCCCUCAACCCCACUAGGGUCUCUGCCCUGGAAGGCUCUGGGCUGGCCCAAUACCUGGAAGUCCUGAGCCCCCCCCCCGCACUCCCUCAGCUUCCCUCCCUGCCCAGAGGCUCCCCUGGGCCACAGUGAGCACAAAGAAGGAAGCAGAUUGUUUCUUUUAACUCCUGUCAGGGCUCUCUCCAAGGGGACUCGGGAUAUGUCAUUUCUUGAUUCAAAACACUUCCAUCUGGGGUGGGGGGGUGGGCUUCGU